AUGCAAAAGCAAGAAAUGAGGUAAAAAAAGUCAGUGAGCAGUGAGCGAGAAGAGGUUGAGGGAAAAGUAUUCCUUUGUAAAAUAAAAUUAUUGCAGAAAAUGAUUGUUUGAUAAAACAGGUAGUAAAUAAUUACAAAAUUAUCAGAGCAGAAGAGUCAUUAAUAUAGUAAGUAAUAACUGUUAAUCCACAAUUAAGAGGCUUAGGAGUAGUAGAUGAUGAGCAAUAAUAUAUGA